AUCGAGGAACAGUUUCCAGUGAGAAUCAAAUCCGAGCCAAAGCCAAAAUGUUCCAUCCGUGGAUUAUUGCUCUUUCAUUCCUCGUUAGCUACAUUUCAGCUCAUAGUGCUAAACCGGACCCAACGUGCUUUAUGCUGAAAACUACCAAGCGCUCUGAUGAUUGCUGCCCUACUCCGGAUGUGGUCGAUGAAGCAGUUAUUGAAAAAUGUAUUGCGCAACUGGUGAAAUCAGCGAACACAACUGGAAAUGCGGAAGAAAUUUAUAAGUGUAUUACGGACUGCACGGCCAAAGAGUUGGGUCUGGUAAAAAACAAUGCAGUUGACAAAGAUGCCUUCAAGCAGCUGCUGGUCAAGACUCUUGGCAAAGAAGCUGAUUUCAAGCCCGUCGUCGAGAAAGCGUUUGAAGAUUGCCAUCAGAAAAUGUCUAAAAUUCCUGAACACGAGUUGCUCAAACCGGCGACGUGUGGUUUUGCACCGUAUUAUCUGAUGAACUGUGUAGAGUCUGAGAUUUUCAAGAACUGCCCAGCCUCCAAGUGGACCGACACUGCCGAUUGUUCUGAACUGAAAGGGAAAAUAAACAAUGGAUGUCCCUUCAUGGCUAUUGUUAAGGAUGAAGCAAAGUAAAUUACUUUUGGUUUAAAAGCAAACGA